UUGACAGUUUCCAAGUUGACGUGUGUAAAUGAAAGUGUGUUUUGUGGUAAAAUGAGUGCCUUAUGAUGGAGCCGCACGUUGUGUCAGAGUCAUCUAUGGUGGAAGGAAUCGGGGAUGAAGUGGUUUAUUCCGUUGUGUCUGUUGUGUCUAUUUUCUUAGCGUCUGCAUACAUGUUCUCCCACUUUUACAGAAACCAGUGGUCUCGAGGCAUCCAUCCAGAGAGUGCAGCGUCUGUUGAGCUGACAAGAGAGCGAUUGGCAGCCCAAACUGUAGGUGCAAGACAGCCUCCUAGGGUAUCUCGCUCCCCAUCAGAUGACCAGACAUGUCCAAUCUGUCUUGCUGAGGCUCGGUUUGGUAUAGAAACAAAUUGUGGACAUUUGUUUUGUGGCCAGUGCAUUGUAACAUACUGGAGGCAUGGAACGUGGCUGGGUGCUGUGAGAUGCCCGGUGUGUAGGCAACAAGUUACUAUUUUAUUAUUCAAUUUCAAUCAAGAGGAGAACUCUACAGCAUCUAGAGAAAAAGAUGAAAUCGUAUCCCAGAUUCACUCUUACAACAGGCGGUUUUCAGGGGAGCCCAGACCACUGUUGGAUUACAUCCGGGACUUGCCAGCCCUUCUGCGCCAUGCCGUCACAGAGUUUUUCUCCAUGGGAGGAUUGAUAUGGAUGUUCCGUAUGCGCGUUAUUAUCUGUUUUAUCGCAGCACUGUUAUAUUUUGUGUCACCUUUGGACAUCAUCCCUGAAGCUGCGUUUGGUAUUUUAGGAUUUUUGGAUGACUUAUUUAUAUUUUUGCUACUGGCUAUAUACGUGAGCAUUAUUUACAGACAAGUGAUGGAGUCUCGAGCAAGAGCAGCACCCCAGUGAUCUACAUAACUCUUCUGUCAGUGGGAAAACCAGACUAAAAAGCCAGCUGGGUGCUCCAUUCAGUCCCCAUUCUGCCUAAUGAUUAUCUCCCCCUGCUGAAGGCACUGUGACAAGUGAAACAGAAUGCAUGCUGGAAUAAGAGUAUUCGAGUCAGGCUGGUAAAAUUACUCAGCGUUGCACAAUAUAUACUGUGUUUUGUUUAGUCCUAUGUUGUACAUUUUGGUAUCUGAUUAUUAUUAUGAAUUUAAAUCUUGUCACCAAGCCAUUCGCUAGUACAGUGUGCACAAGUCUUCCCAGCCUUCAUCAUAGAUAUAGAUUAUAUCAGAUGUAUUAAGAGUCAAUGAAUGAUUACGGCUUAAGGCCACAUCAAGAUGUAAUCAUUUAUGAAGUAUCUAAGGAUUUGAUUGUAUAUUAAAGCUAUAUUUGUUAUUUUGAUCAAUUUGACGUGACUGCAAAAUUUUUUUUCUCUUUAAAUAUUUAGAGUAGGCAAAACUUGUAUUUAGCAUUCAUCAAGUUGAUAGUGUCUUUAAUUUCAACUUUUAAUUGCGAGAACUGAAAUGCUUGGACAUCCCAAACCACAGCAGAAUAUACUUGAAACAUGUCAAAAUAUCCUUCAGGCAAUUUGCCAGAUUUGACAACUUAAAUGUUUUCAUUCAGAGCCAGUAGGCGCUUGCAGUGUAAUAAAAUGCCAUGAUGUAAUAAUAUUGCACUUUGGGUAGAACUUGCUGGCAAUGUAAUAUUAUUACAAUAUGGGUUACAAGUGCUAUGGGUAAUAUUAUUAUGAUUUGCUGCCCAGUUAUUACAUUAUGAGUAAUUAUCACCAAGUGCUUUGUGCCCAGGAUAUUACACUAUGGGUAGUCUGGGCCUGUGCAUGCUGUUAUGCAUUGCAUCAAGGUACAUUUGUGUAUGCUUAGGGUUUUAUGUUGUACUUAACAAUUUUACAAUCAUACGACGACAAGGCGUCAUCAGGAGUGUGUAAUCCUACAUAUGCUGCAUCUUCUUGUGGCAUUGCGAGUCCAUGCCACCAAAGUGCUGCCCCACUGAAGUAUCAUGCCAAAGACACCAGACAUGACACCUCACCUAGUCACAUUAUACUGACACCAGGUCAACCAGUUUUGUUUCUUAGCUCUAUAAACCUAUCAGUAAAGGGGCUUGAAGUAGUUCUAAAGUCUUUGGUAAGACCCAUCUCAGGUGUCAUCCCAACUUCGUAUUGCAAGGAGGUGAACAUAAUGUAACACACUUGUAUUCACACGGUAUGCAUAUGAUCAAUAAUAAUGCCCCUGCUCAAGUAUGUGUUUUUGGUCUCAUUCCCCUGACGUUAUCAGUUAGGUCAAGCUGGUAACUUUUGAGAACACACAAGUGUUGGUUACCAUGUUUAAUAUCAAAAUCAACCAGUUUGAAAUUCCAGUAUAACCUUGAGCAAUCUUCAAAUUCAACAAUCCAGCAGUAGUUCCUGAGAUAUAAAGUAAGAUGUCUCAUAUAGUAGGUGAGUUUCGAGUUGGAACUCGUUUGUCGUCAAAGGUAAAAACAGUCCUUCUUUGUCACGAAAAAUGUUAGGCAACCUUUGUUGACAUUAAUUUACUGAUCACCUGUCUCACCCUUUUCAAGAGUCAUAAUUGACACUUCUUUCCUAUAAUGAACUUCUCAAGUACACAUAUGUUAAAAUUCUCAAUUUUCUGCAUCAUUGGUCUAAUCUAAAUUUUUCAGAUGCUUAUGUUAUAAUGAAUGCGAACAAAAACAGUUGCCUAACAGGUCACAUGAUACAGUUGGAUUUUUUUCUACCUUCAUCGCUGAAAGAGUUCAAACCCGAAACUCCCCUAUUUGCGUGUAAAAUGCACGGAUAGUGUAAAUAAGACCCUAAAUCUCCGAGCCUGGCUUACGUCUGUCCUGACCUUGUGCCAAUCUAACAGCGAAUUCUAACCUUAUGUUGAUGCCAACUCUUGUGGAAACCUGAUACACUAGUGCAGAACUAAAUAAUUUUGUUACACAAGGGACAUAAAUUGGCUAAUCAAGACCUGUAGUGUUACAUAGCUGAAUGGUUAUACGCUAUUGGCAACACUUGCUACCCACAACGUAAUGUUACUUUAUUGGAAGCAAAUGGCUAAGCGUAAUAUUUAUUACAUUAUGAGAUUUUGUAGUAGUACAAAAAUCAAGACGUUUGUUAGGUACCUGAGGAAUGUCAGUAUUUCACUCCGGUUACCUCCACUCUUAAACCUGGCUCUCUUCAUAUCCGUGAAACAUUUUUGAACAAUCUGUUUAAAACAUCAAUCAUUCAUUUUUCAGCAAGCGACACAGCUUUCCGUGAUACAGACAUUGUGCAAUGUAUUUGAAAUUGUACAAAACUAAGCACCUUCAGCUUUUGUCAGUAUAUGUGGCUUUUAUAUCUUAAUAUUGUUCUGCACUGUGAAAACCAUGCGUGAGGGGGUAUUUUUACUGGUGGAGUUAUCUCCCUUUGGUGCAUCUGCAAUUUAGGUCUUAUAAAUUACAUUUGCUGUGCAGAUGUUCUCAGUGUUAUAUUUCAGGUUGAAAGUGUAAUUUUACGAAAAAAAUAUCAAUUUGGUUAGAGGCUAACAGUUUCUGCAUUUAUUCUCAAUAUUUUUUUACCUGGAUCAUACAUGUUCUUUUGAGAUCUGUGUGAAUAAAGAUGAGAUCUUUAUGCAACUACAGAUACCGAUACGUGUUGUCUUUAAAAUGUCAGCAAAAGAAAAAAAUGUUGUGGAAUUUUACGAGCUGAUGAUCAGAUCGCUUGGACAUUAAAGGAAUUGGUUCAAUCCCAGCCUUGGACAUGGAAUUUGUAUAUUCCAUUACUCUAACAGGUUGUGAGGCCUCCAAGUUGACAAUGCUGAUGUGGCUGUAUACUUGGUCUCCUAUUUUGCUGAGGACCAUUGUUCUUUCACCAUUAUCCUGUGGAUAUCUGUACAUUGCAAGCAGGAA